GUCACCAUUCGGUGCCUCAAGAUCUUAUCUGAACAUUGCUGAAACAACCGUAAUUAAAGUAAAUAGUUCAAACCGGCAACAUAAUGACAGAAUGUCAAGUAUCCGUGCUGAAUGCAAAUUACUAUGUCAAGAAAUUACGCCACGUAAAGCUUUUAACUGAAUAUGUUUUGCACUUGCCGAUGUAUUGUUAAAUGUUUAGUAUUAUCAGUCCUCUCAUGGCUCGGAACCUUCAAGGUCUUCUUCGCCUUGCCGUUGAACAUUCUGAAAAUGCCGCCACAAAACCCAUGGACCCAAAGGAUGCCGAAUGGUUGAAUAAAGCACUAAGUGCAUCAACUGUCGACUUAAGUAAACAGCUGACUAACGAUGUCCAAACGUUAUCAUCACAUUUGUCAUCGUCGGAGCCCGAUUUAAAUGAAAUGAAGAAUGUCAUUGAAGAUUUGUUAACACUGACUGAAGAUUUGGACUUGUCGAACGACUUUUUGAUUGUUGGAGGUCAAGAUGUACUACUCAAACUAUUAUUUUGCGGACCACCUUCCUUAAGAAUAGAUGGAUUGAAACUAUUAGCGAAUAUCACUCAAAACAAUCCUCGAGCUCAAAGUUUGUACACUGAAAACGGCGUACUGGCUCGACUAAUUAUGCUAUUUGAGGAAGAGACAGAUCUUGAAUUCCUGAGACAUUUGUUACUAGCCAUAUCCUGUACCAUACGAGGUUAUGUGCCAGGAAUUAAUGUAUUUGUGGAAUCAAAGGGUGUUGAUCUUGUCCUCAGUGUACUUAUCAGAGAAGUGAAAAUGGGAAAAUCAGAUAAAGCAUAUCGCUUAGUAUCCAAAGCAUCUGAAUAUUCGUCCAUCGUACACAAAGUGAUAGAUCUAUUAUAUCUCCUAGACGAUCCACAGGAGCACCUACUGGCUGCUUUAUCAUUUCUCCUCCGUCCACUAGGCAGUCACUCAAGUUAUACUACAAAUAUACAGUCCGAAGAAUCGUACAAAUCAUUUUCUAAUUGGCUACAACGGCACUUAGACGAGCUUCGCAAAAUAAAUGACCCAGCUGAUGAAGAACGUCGCGAAUACAUAGAUUGUUUGCUAAAGGUUUUAUCUUGAACAAAACUUGCUUCUACAUCGUUAGGAUUUCUAACAAUGUAACUGUGGCAGGAUUAUAAAUUUCUUUGUUAAAUACUUACAACAUUUAUUGAUGGUACAAAUAGUCUGGUUGGUUUUGUCCUUUGUUGGAGAGUUAUCCUGGACAAGUAUGAGCAGUGUCACCCGUCCACUACUUGACUACUGAAUUGCUGACAUUUAGGAUCUAUAUACAAUGCAGCAAGGAACUGCUAUAAAAUAUUUUCCGCACCACUCUCGCUACCAAGUCGAAUUUAAGAUCUAUAGCCUCGAUAUAACUACAGAUUCUGUUAGUUAAUGGCUGCUAACCCUGGAACGUUGUUAACGUACGUCCAUAACCAAAGGUUUCUGGUUGAUUUUGAUUUAAUAAAGCAACAUAUACACG